AUGGCGGUUCGAGUUUUGAACAAGAGAAGAAAGAUAUCAAGGAAAUCAGUACAACAAUUGCCAGCUGAAAUCCUAGUUCAAAUUGCGAGUAAACUUCCUGUUACUUCAAUCCUCCAAUGUUUUCAACGAAAUAAGGAUGGUUUUAACAACAUUAUUUCUGACCCACUUUUCCCUCUUUUAUUCCAUAAUGAUUAUACUUCAUCCCAAAAUACAUCUAUCUUUGCUUAUGAUGCUUGCACCAACACCUCUACCUUGAUUGACUACGACCAUUAUAACCACCACCUUACUGAAUUCCGCAUCAACGAUUUCGAUUAUGUAUAUCGAUUGGAAAAAAACACGUCAAGGACAAUUUUAAGCAACUGUAAUGUUGUAGGUAAUUCUUGUAAUGGAUGGCUGUUGGUUUGUCUACUACUGAAUUAUCAAAAUUCGGUGUCUGCCUCAUUGCGCUUAGUGAAUCCGAUUACUAGAUCUUGUGUUUUGCUUCCUGAAGCACCUUAUGCAUUAGCAUGGCAGGACCCCAAAUACGGGUUUGGUUAUGCUUCCAAAACAGGCUUAUUGAAGGUAGUUAAGUUGUAUCAUCAACCUCACACUGCUAAAAUUACUACACAAGUUUUGACAGUAUGUGAUGAAGAUAAUAAUAAUUCUACUUGGGAGGUCAUGGAUACAGAAUGCUCUGUUGAAUUAUCCUCCAUACAAAGCGAGGCUGUAGCUUUGAAUGGUGCAUUACAUUGGUUAGUAGCUGAUAAUAAUCUUAUACUAAGGUUUGAUCUUGACGAGGAGAAGUUCAAGUUUAUCCCUUCCCCAUACACUAUUAAAACUUGUGAUGAGAACUCCAAUAAGACUGUUUCUUAUCUAGGCGUAUUGAAUGGGUUACUUUGUGUGGGUACCGCUUGCGGUUCAACCAUCGACAAAGGGAUGGAGAUAUGGGUGAUGAAGGACUACGGCAUUGACAAGUCUUGGACUUGUUUUACACUUAUAGAUUACUUUGAUAUUAAUACAGAACGUUUCUUGUUGAUCCCGGACCUUAAAAAUGGCAAGGUAUUGAUAUUAUUCAACACAUUAUUGUCCCAUCAUGGAGAUGUAAGGGAGUUCUAUCUUGAUGUUUAUGAUCCAAAACAAACAAAGAGGGAUCAAAGGGUACCCUUAUUGGAAGGGAUGGAUGCAGAAUCGAGAGCAAGGAUGAGACUUCAUCAUUUUGUGCCAAGCUUAAGCUUUUUGUCAUUGUAA